AUGGCUUUUAUAUCUCCGACCAUCUUGGCAUUGCGACGAGACCCGCGCCUCCUGAAGCUUCCCCCGUACCUCUCAGCUCUAUGCAUCUUCAUAGGGGUAGUCUGGCUCUGCCUGCUCCCUCUUAACGAAUAUUCAAGACACACGUACAUUUCUGAGAAUGCUCUCCUCCCAGGCCAGGUGCACACGUAUUUCGGAGGGAGCGAACAGAAUGUUUUCAAUGCCUACAAGUACGAGAUCCAAGCUCUGGUUGGCAAGGAUCAGGAAGCGAUCUAUGAAAAGCUCAGUGACAUUUUCGAAUCAGCCAACUUGAGACCUGCGAGGCAGAAAUACGAAUACCACGCUGCAGGCACUACCUACAGCGGAGAGAAUGUCUAUGCUAUACUUCAUGCACCACGGGGAGAUGCUACGGAAGCUAUUGUGCUCGUUGCUGCCUGGACGAACAUGGAUGGGGACUUGAACCAGAGCGGAGUGGCUCUUGCAUUGGCAUUGGCAAGAUAUUUCAAGCGAUGGUCUCUCUGGUCGAAGGACAUAAUUAUCCUGAUCACUGGCGAUAGUAGAGCUGGACCUCAAGCCUGGGUUGAUGCGUAUCACGAUGAGCACACGUCUUUCUUUGUUGCCCCUUUACCGCUGAAAAGUGGCGCAUUGCAAGGCGUCGUGGUUAUCGAUAAUGCCCUCGACCAUCGUUUCGAGUCUUUGCACAUUGUUUACGACGGGAUCAACGGUCAGUUGCCAAACCUUGAUCUAUUCAACACUGCAGUCUCCAUUGCCAGCGGGCAGUUGGGUAUUGGAGUUUCCCUCCAGCGCAUGUGGAAGCACAAUGACAGCUAUCAAGAACGUCUACAGACAAUGCUACGAGGCAUGGUCAGCCAAGGAUUGGGCCACUCCUCUGGGCCACACAGCAGUUUCAUUCCUUACCAUGUCGACGCCAUCACGUUGCAGGCCGUUGGCGACGGCUGGCAAGACGAAAUGGCAAUGGGCAGAUGCGUAGAGAGCAUAUUUCGAAGCCUCAACAAUCUUCUCGAGCACUUCCACCAGAGCUUCUUCUUCUACUUGCUCAUGCAGGCAGACCGCUUCGUCAGUAUUGGAACUUAUCUUCCAAGUGCUAUGUUGGUGGCAGUCAAUUUUACCAUCAUGGCGAUCGCGUUGUGGAUUCGCAGCGGCCGACCGCCAGCGCCAAAGGUCGCAAGUACUAUGCCCGAAAAAGAGAAAACCGAAAUGGAGAUAGUCCAAAAGGAUGGCAUGACAGCAAUCACACCCAAGGAGAAUCUGACCAUACUCGAACGCCAACUAUUCUUGCCUGUAGCCCUGGUAGUGUCGCUCCACUUCCUCGGCGUGAUACCCCUCUAUGUAUUCAUCAACUCGUCUCGCAAUACUCUCCCCUCUUGCUUCCUCCUCUUCACCUUUCUCAAUCUUAUCCUACCAACUGUCCUGGCGACCUCCAUCCACCGUCACACGCCGUUAACACCACAACAUCAUUUACUUCUCCAGUCAAUCUCACUACUUGUCCUAGGCAUGUCUCUUGCCACGCUUGCCACCUUGAACUUCUCGCUUUCACUGUUCAUUGGGCUCCUGUCGACGCCUUUGACUUUCACGGGGAACCCUUUUUCAUCCUCCGUUGAUGCCAAGGAUGUCUUUCCUUCCAAUGCUCGUAAAUACAUCUCGACCCUCGUAUUGCAGCUUCUGUCCCCACCAGUAGUGGUAUGGGCUGUAUGCUAUAUAUGGGGUGCUGACUUAGGUGAGACAUUGGCAGAGGCAGCGUUUGGCUGGAAGGUCAAUGGGCUGUGGACCCAAGUUGUUGUCUGGUGUGUUUGGUGGCCCGCUUGGAUGAUUGGAGGUGUUCUCGUUAAUUAG